CACAGUGGCGACCGACAGUGGCAUUUGAACGUGAAUCGCCAUGGCAACAGGAACAAACAACCCGGCCAUUCGGAGUUUUGUCCUCUUCGAUUUAGAGUCUACAGGACUGCAAAGUCCUGGCUACGAACCGAAGAUCACCGAGCUGAGUUUCGUCGCUGUGACAAGGGAUGAACUUCUGACCAAGGGCGCAAAACCUCGAGUGCUGAAUAAACUCACUCUGUGUUUCAAUCCCGAGAAGAGAAUCCCACCAAAAGUGGCUGGUAUGACAGGUGUUUGACUUUCCUUUGAUGAUUUCUGAGCUCCAGAGGGCCGAUAAAGAUAUUCCUGAGCAUAUCCUGUGUGCUGACAGUCUAGAGGCUUUCCGCACGUUAGACGGACUCAGCCCUCUGUCUGAAUUCUUGAAAGGGAAAAGUCAACAAAGGAAACGAGCUCAACAGUUUAAAAUAUCGAAAACACCAGAAGAUGAGAAGGAAACAUGGAAUGCUUCUGUCGUUUCAGUUCGUAGCCCCAGAAAAAGUGCUUCAACCAAAAAUGAUCCGGUGUCGCCUGUGACACAAUUUGGGCAGCGACUCUCGUUGGAAGAGCAAAGCGGGUCGCCAGCAAGAAGAUACGUCCCUUCUGGCAAAGGUGUAGAGGAUGUGCGAUAUUUCGAUGAGCAUACGUCCGUCAGUAGACGUGCUGUUAGACAACAGGAACCACAGAUCCAAGAGAGACAAUUGAAGACCUCCCGACACACGGAGGGCGAGGGACUGCGACGUUUUCAAAGUUCCUAUGUCAUCCCCGAUGAACGGAGAUACGACCAGAUGUAUGAGACACGAACAAGCAGUACACAAGUCCGGACAACGCGCCAAGUUGUUGCCCCGAAAACAGCUACGGACAGGCCAGAGACCGCCUCGGCCGUUCUACCACGGCGUGGGUCAUCAGAGUUAGGCGACCAUAAAGGUAGUUAUUAUAGGAGGCCAGGGACACCCGUGGAAAGAAGAGAUCUGCCAGAAGCAAGAGAUGACUCAGAUGAGGAGGACGCAGACGAGGACACAGACGAGGACACAGAUGUGGACACAGGUGCCAGCGAUAAGUCCCGGGACGGCUCGGGGGAGAAAAAAGAGUCCAGUAAGGAGGUGUCAUACAAACUCUCAGCCGUUUAUUCCCGAAUGUUUGGGCAAGAGCCCGAUGUGUCCCACACGGCGGAGGAUGAUUGCUUGACCAUGCUGAAGAUUGUGCACGUCUUGUCGAGAAAGUUUAUCGAAUGGUGUGACGCUAAUGCAGUCCCACUAAAUUCUGUGGAUCCCAUGUACUAAUUCGGGAUGUUCCCAUAAUUUUUACAAAUGUAGCUUUCUUGUCGAAACAUUUCAUUGAAUGGUAUAACGCAAUAAAUGCAGCCCCACUAAACACUAUGGAUCCCAUGUACAGAUUCAGGACAUUCCCAUCUUUGUUUCUACACAUUUGAGCGCUCCUGGAAAUAUUUCGGAUAUUUUGAAUAUCUCCACUAAAUUUUUUAUUGCAUAUUAUAUUCGAGAGUCGGUUUUAAAAAUAUAUCAAGAUAUAAUAUUGUAAAAACUUGUGAAAAUAGUUUCCCUAAGAGAAAGUUGGAUAGCUCUAUGUUGUUUUCUUCACGAGAAAACAACUUGAAUGUACGGUAGUUUUCAACAUACAUGUAUUUGUCAUAGUCAUUUUAUUUGUACUUACUUUGCAUUAAGAUUUUUAAAUAGUGCGUAAGUGUUUGUAGAAGUGUCUGCAUUGGUGUGAUAUUGUGUAUUUUGGUAACUUUGAUAAUAUAUUCUUUGUACUUACUUACCUCUCUCUCUCUCUCUCUCUCUCUCUCUCUCUCUCUCUCUCUCUCUCUUGCCCUUUUUAA